ACGAGUUGAGAUUUGCACAGAGGGAAAUAACCUAAGCUCACCAACAGUGAAAUUGAAAGUGAAAAUCCUUUUUUGUCUACAUGAUGAUGAGGAUCACUGACUAACUUGUUUCGAAGCUUCAUGUGGAAAUACAGAUGUGAAACCAAGGUGAAGUGGAAUGCUGGUACUUGGGAAAAUUAACUGAAUGCAGAUGUUAACCAAGUUAAGAAACAGACCUCAGGAAAAUCGUGAAAAGUGCAGCUGUGAGCAUAAAGAUCCAAAUAUGCAUGAAUAGCUGUGAUGAUCUUUGUCUAAGGAAAAAAAGAUAGAACUCUGUACAAAAGAUAGCUAUAAGCUAAAUUAUUAUAGCCUUACAUCAUGGCAUCUAGACUCUCACAAGAGGAAGAAAACUAUGUCAGGAUGAGCUUGCUACUGACAGGAAUAUCUCCUCGUGCAGCACGAGCUUUGUUUGAUCGUGAAUUUGUUCCAGCAUGCUUGAAUGCCACAAUAAAGAAAGAGUACAAUAAACUUAGAGAACUUCAGAAGAAGCGAAUAAUUAACCAGCCACAGUGGAACCUACUGUUCCCAAGACGUCCUGAUGGACCUGAUUCUAAAACAUUUGAUGUAACUCUAAUAAUAACAUUAAUUAGACACCUGACUGAUCUGACCCCUCCUCAUGGUGGAUAUGACUGGUUACCAUCUGAUAAUGAAACUACACCAACCUCAGAUUUAGCCAGGAUAAAAUAUUACAGAAAUAUUUUGGCUCACCUGGAUGAGGGGAAAAUAGACAAUACUACAUUCACCACAGCAUGGGACAAUAUAACUAAUGCUAUCAGCAGAUUAGGUGGACAUCCAAUGAAACAGGAGUGUGAUAUUUUGAAGACAAAGAUACUGGACCAGAGUAAUCAGGAAAUAAUGCUUGGCAUUAAACAUUCCAAUGAUGAAAUAAUGGAACUGAAAAAAGCCAAUGAAGAUAUGUCAGUAGAAGUGAAAAAGAUGAAAACAACCAAUGAAGAUAUGACAGAAGAAGUGAAAAAGUUGAAAAUAUCUCAUGAAGAUACAGUUCCUUGGAAUAUUAGAGCACAAAUUAAUGAGAUCCUUGUGGAGUGGAAGGACAAUGAUAAGAUGUUUAUAACAACAGAAGCUACCAAACAUGUACUGAAAUGUAUAAAGGAGAACAGUUGUGUAACUAUUACUGCUAGUUCUGGCGUAGGGAAGACAGCUACACUGCGACAUGUAGCUUUACAGAUGUCAGAUGAAGGGUACGAUGUACUUUUAGUGACAGAUCCAGGUGACAUUGUCAAGUAUUAUAACCCAAAACAGAAAACAUUGUUUGUUAUCGAUGAUUUAUGUGGAAACUAUUCUUUAAACCAGACUGACAUGAAAGUUUGGGAACCUGUCAUGGAGAGAAUUAAAAAAAUCCUUUCAAAUAAGCUUGCCAAGAUAAUUGUAGCAUGUCGAUUACAAGUGUAUCAGGAUGACAAAUUUGAAUGUUUAUCAGUUUUCAAAUCAUGUGUAUGUAACCUAUUAUCAGAAAGCAUGUGCUUGACAAAAACUGAAAAGGGGUCAAUAGCUGAGUUAUACCUGAAAACUAAAGCUCCUGAGAUUAUAGAUUAUUAUAAUUUAUAUGAUUGUUUCCCACUUUUAUGCAAAUUAUAUAAUGAAAAUCCUGCACUUAAUAUCACAGAUUUUUUCCAGAACCCAUUUACAGUUUAUAAAGCAGAGAUUGACAAACUACAGAAAAAAGGAUUUUCUAGUAAAUACUGUGCUUUGGCUUUAUGUGUCAUAUUUAACAACAAUUUAAAGGAUGAAAUGUUAACCGAGGAGGUGAAUGAAGAAACAAGAAUCAUCAUUGAGAAAACAUGUGAGGCAUGUAAACUGGAUAGGGGGACAUCAAGGAUUACAUUACAAGAUGACCUGAACUCACUUAUACAUACAUUCUUGAAAAAGGAGGAAAACAUAUACAAAACUAUUCAUGAUAAAAUAUUUGACUUUCUGGUGUACUACUUUGGACAGAAAAUAAUCCACUGCUUGAUAAAGAAUGCACAUAGUAGGUUGAUCAAGGAAAGAUUUUUACUAGAAAAACAAGAAAAUAUGGAUCAGUUUAUAACAAUUGUGCCUCCUAUGUAUCAUGAAAUGUACAUACAAAGAAUGAUUAAUGACUGGUCAAAAGGUGAAGUCAAUUAUGUAUUUAGUAACAUCAAUAUGAAAGUACCUCAGUUCAGACAGAGAUUUCUAUGUGUUGUGAAUGCACUGGAUGUAUCUUACCAGAAACAAUUAGCACAAACCUGUGAUGUGUAUAACAACAAUACUACUCUGUUAGUGUUAUGUUUUAUAGGUGAUAUUCCUUUGAUUCAUUGGUGUGUUAAUCAUGGUGUUGAUGUUAAUCAGUGUGGGAGUGAGAAAAUAACACCAUUGCAUACAGCAGCAUUUACAGGUUUGACAGAAAUAGUAAGGAUGUUCUUAGAAUUAGGAGCAGAUUAUAAUAAAUGUGACAAUAAAGGUUGGUCACCUGUAAUGAUUGCUUGUAGUAAGGGACAUACAGACAUAGUAAGGAUGUUGUUAGACAUAGGAGUAGAUUAUAAUAAAUGUAACAAUGAAGGUUGGUCACCUGUAAAGAUUGCUUGUAGUGAGGGACAUACAGACAUAGUAAGGAUGUUGUUAGACAUAGGAGCAGAUUAUAAUAAAUGUAACAAUGAUGGUUGGUCACCUGUAAUGAAUGCUUGUAAUAAGGGACAUACAGAAAUAGUAAGGAUGUUGUUAGACAUAGGAGCAGAUUAUAAUAAAUGUGACAAUGAUGGUUGGUCACCUGUAAAGAUUGCUUGUAAUAAGGGACAUACAGACAUAGUAAGGAUGUUGUUAGACAUAGGAGCAGAUUAUAAUAAAUGUAACAAUGAUGGUUGGUCACCUGUAAUGAAUGCUUGUAAUAAGGGACAUACAGAAAUAGUAAGGAUGUUGUUAGACAUAGGAGCAGAUUAUAAUAAAUGUGACAAUGAUAAAGGUUGGUCACCUGUAAAGAUUGCUUGUAGUGAGGGACAUACAGAAAUAGUAAGGAUGUUGUUAGACAUAGGAGCAGAUUAUAAUAAAUGUGACAAUAAAGGUUGGUCACCUGUAAUGAUUGCUUGUAGUGUGGGACAUACAGACAUAGUAAGGAUGUUGUUAGACAUAGGAGCAGAUUAUAAUAAAUGUGACAAUGAUGGUUGGUCACCUGUAAAGAUUGCUUGUAGUAAGGGACAUACAGAAAUAGUAAGGAUGUUGUUAGACAUAGGAGUAUAUUAUAAUAAAUGUGACAAUGAUGGUUGGUCACCUGUAAAGAUUGCUUGUAAAUUAAUUUCUGAUAAUUUGAAAUAUGUUACCACACAGUUAUUAACUGAUAAUUUUGACAUAUGUAAUCACAGAGUUAAAUAG